UACUCCUGUCAUCUAUGAUGCUUGAAGAACAAAGGAAGCAGCACUGGACUGGGAUUUUGGGGUGCACAGAGCAGAAUAGGGCAGCCAUGUUUCGCAACAGUCUCAAGAUGCUUCUUACAGGUGGGAAAUCAAACCGCAAAAACAGAUCCAGUGAUGGAGGGAGCGAGGAACCACCAGACCGAAGACAGACAAGUGUAGACUCCCGCCAGGGCCGAUCUGGGCAAGGCACCUCCACAGAGAACGACUGUGCUUUUGAACCAGACUACGCUAUUCCACCACUCCCAGUGACCGAAGGUAUGCAGCACAUUCGGAUUAUGGAGGGCAUGUCUCGCUCUCUUCCAUCCUCCCCCUUACUCACACAUCAGUCUAUCAGUGUUCGGCUCCAACCUGUGAAGAAAUUAACUGCCCCCCUGAGGAAGGCAAAGUUUGUUGAGAGCCCUCGAAUCCCAGAGUCUGAGCUUGGCUCACCAACGCUCACUUCAGCACAGAAACUGGACGUUGAUGCAUACUGCCCUGGUGACGCUGAGCAGGAGCUGGGACCCCCUCCAUCCGUAGAUGAGGCAGCAAACACACUCAUGACUCGCCUGGGCUUCCUCCUUGGAGAGAAAGUCACAGAGGUACAGCCGGGGCCACAGUACAGCAUGGAGAUGCAGGAUGAGAAUCAGACCUCAGCAGUAACACAGCGGAUAAGUCCCUGCUCCACGCUGACCAGCAGCACUGCCUCACCACCAGCCAGUAGUCCCUGCUCCACCCUCCCUCCAGUCAGUACAAAUGUUACAGCCAAGGAUUGCAACUAUGGGGCUGUUACCAGCCCUACAUCCACUCUGGAAAGCAGAGAUAGUGGUAUCAUAGCUACUUUGACAAGCUAUUCUGAAAACAUGGAGCGCACUAAAUAUGGAGGGGAGAGCAGCAAAGAACUAGGAUCUGGAGGAAACCUGAAACCUUGGCAGUCUCAGAAAUCCAGCAUGGACUCCUGUUUAUAUCGCGUAGAUGAAAAUAUGACCGCCUCCACCUACAGUUUAAACAAGAUCCCAGAAAGGAACCUAGAGACGGUUUUAUCCCAGUCUGUGCAGUCUAUUCCACUUUACCUUAUGCCACGGCCAAAUUCAGUAGCAGCCACCAGCUCAGCCCACUUAGAGGAUCUAGCUUACCUGGAUGAGCAGAGACACACUCCCCUACGUACGUCCCUCCGAAUGCCUCGGCAGAGCAUGGCAGGUGCCCGCAUACAACAAGACCUAAGAGUACGCUUUGCACCUUAUAGACCUCCGGACAUCUCCCUGAAACCACUGCUCUUUGAGGUACCAAGCAUCACCACAGAGUCUGUGUUUGUCGGACGAGACUGGGUGUUCCAUGAGAUAGACGCACAAUUGCAGAGUGCCAAUGCCAGUGUGAACAGAGGUGUGGUGAUUGUUGGGAACAUUGGGUUUGGUAAAACUGCCAUUAUCUCCAGACUGGUUGCUCUCAGCUGCCAUGGCACACGAAUGAGACAGAUUGCCUCUGAUAGCCCACAUGCCUCCCCAAAACGCACAGACAUAGACACAAAUAGAGAGCUACCCCUAACUCAGCCACCUUCUGCUCACUCGUCAAUCACGAGUGGAAGCUGCCCUGGAACGCCUGAAAUGCGCAGACGCCAAGAAGAGGCCAUGCGGAGACUCGCCGCGCAGGUUGUCGCUUAUCAUUACUGCCAGGCCGACAAUGCCUACACCUGUCUUGUGCCAGAGUUUGUACACAAUGUGGCAGCACUGCUCUGCCGCUCGCCACAGUUUGUUGCCUACAGGGAGCAGCUACUGCGAGAACCACAUCUACAGAGUAUGCUCAGCUUGAGAUCCUGUGUUCAGGAUCCCAUGGCCUCCUUCCGGAGGGGAGUCCUAGAGCCCUUGGAAAAUCUUCAUAAAGAGAGGAAGAUUCCAGAUGAAGAUUACAUCAUAUUAAUUGAUGGUUUAAAUGAAGCUGAAUUUCACAAGCCAGAUUAUGGGGACACCAUAGUAUCAUUCUUGAGCAAAAUGAUUGGAAAAUUCCCCUCCUGGCUGAAGUUGAUAGUGACGGUCAGGACAAGUAUACAGGAAAUAAUUAAGUUGUUGCCCUUCCAUAGGAUUUUUUUGGAUAGACUGGAAGAGAACGAAGCCAUAGAUCAGGACCUCCAGGCAUAUAUCCUUCAUCGAAUACACAGCAGCUCUGAGAUCCAGAACAACAUCUCCCUUAAUGGCAAAAUGGACAACACUACAUUUGGCAAACUCAGUUCUCACCUCAAGACCUUGAGCCAAGGGUCCUAUCUAUACCUAAAGCUUACUUUUGAUCUCAUAGAGAAGGGCUACCUUGUACUAAAGAGCUCCAGCUAUAAAGUAGUCCCAGUCUCUCUCUCAGAGGUUUACCUAUUGCAGUGCAAUAUGAAGUUCCCAACACAGUCUUCCUUUGAUCGGGUUAUGCCUCUUUUGAAUGUGGCAGUGGCAUCUCUGCAUCCAUUAACAGAUGAACAUAUUUUUCAGGCCAUUAAUGCUGGUAGCAUUGAGGGCACACUGGAAUGGGAUGACUUUCAGCAGAGGAUGGAGAACCUCUCCAUGUUUCUUAUCAAGCGUAGAGACAUGACACGAAUGUUUGUUCAUCCGUCUUUUCGAGAAUGGCUUAUCUGGAGAGAGGAAGGAGAAAAGACCAAGUUUCUUUGUGACCCUCGGAGUGGCCACACGCUGCUUGCCUUCUGGUUUUCUCGUCAGGAGGGGAAGCUAAACCGACAACAGACUAUUGAGCUGGGACAUCACAUUCUCAAAGCACACAUUUUUAAGGGGCUGAGUAAAAAAGUAGGAGUGUCCUCGUCUAUCCUGCAAGGGCUUUGGAUCUCCUACAGCACAGAAGGUCUUUCAAUGGCAUUGGCAUCUCUGCGAAAUCUCUACACCCCGAACAUAAAGGUCAGUCGAUUGCUAAUUUUGGGAGGUGCAAAUGUUAACUACCGGACCGAAGUUCUGAACAAUGCCCCAAUUUUAUGUGUCCAGUCUCACCUUGGUUACACAGAGAUGGUGGCUUUGUUGUUGGAGUUUGGGGCCAACGUAGAUGCCUCUUCUGAAAGUGGCCUGACUCCUCUUGGAUAUGCUGCUGCGGCUGGAUAUCUGAGCAUUGUUAUGCUACUGUGCAAGAAACGGGCCCAGGUGGAUCACUUGGACAAAAACGGUCAGUGUGCCCUGGUUCAUGCGGCUCUCAGAGGUCACCUGGAGGUAGUGAAGUUCUUGAUUCAGUGUGACUGGACAAUGGCUGGGCAACAGCAGGGGGUAUUUAAGAAGAGCCAUGCGAUACAACAGGCACUGAUUGCAGCAGCCAGCAUGGGCUACACUGAGAUUGUCUCCUACCUGCUCGAUCUUCCAGAAAAAGAUGAAGAGGAGGUGGAACGAGCACAGAUCAACAGCUUUGACAGCCUGUGGGGAGAGACAGCUCUGACAGCUGCUGCAGGACGGGGUAAGCUGGAAGUAUGUCGUCUGCUUCUAGAGCAAGGAGCAGCAGCGGCCCAGCCAAAUCGACGUGGGGUGGUGCCAUUGUUCAGCGCAGUGAGACAAGGCCACUGGCAGAUUGUAGAUCUCUUACUCACCCACGGCGCUGAUGUAAACAUGGCAGACAAGCAGGGUCGGACUCCUUUGAUGAUGGCUGCGUCUGAGGGACAUCUAGGCACCGUGGAAUUCUUGCUUGCACAAGGUGGCUCCAUAUCCCUAAUGGACAAAGAAGGCCUAACUGCCCUUAGCUGGGCUUGUCUGAAGGGCCACCUUUCCGUGGUCCGUUCCCUGGUGGAGAGUGGAGCUGCCACAGACCACGCUGACAAAAAUGGACGCACUCCCCUGGAUCUGGCAGCUUUUUAUGGUGAUGCAGAGGUGGUUCAGUUUCUGGUGGACCACGGUGCCAUGAUCGAGCAUGUUGACUACAGCGGGAUGCGCCCACUCGACAGGGCUGUGGGGUGCCGCAACACUUCUGUCGUGGUCACUCUUCUGAAGAAAGGAGCGAAGAUAGGUUGUCAGACGUUACCGAGUCGCCCUCGAGGUCCAGCAACCUGGGCGAUGGCCACCUCCAAGCCAGACAUCAUGAUCAUCCUGUUGAGCAAGCUGAUGGAGGAGGGGGACAUGUUCUAUAAGAAAGGUAAAGUGAAGGAAGCGGCACAGCGCUACCAAUACGCCUUGAAGAAAUUCCCCAGAGAAGGGUUUGGAGAAGACCUGAAAACCUUCCGUGAGCUGAAGGUGUCACUCCUCCUCAACCUCUCCCGAUGUCGAAGGAAAAUGAACGAUUUUGGAAUGGCGGAGGAAUUUGCCACUAAAGCACUGGAGCUGAAACCGAAAUCUUAUGAAGCUUACUAUGCAAGAGCAAGGGCCAAACGCAGCAGCAGGCAGUUUUCAGCAGCCCUGGAGGAUCUGAACGAGGCCGUCAAGCUGUGUCCGAACAAUCGUGAGAUCCAGCGGCUGCUGAUGAGAGUAGAGGAAGAAUGUAGACAGAUGCAGCAGCAGCAGCAGCAACCCCCAGUGGAGCCAGAACCUGAAGCACAGCAUGAAGAACUGUACUCUGUGCAAGAUCUCUUUGAAGAGGAGUUUCUUGAGCAGGAUGUAGAAAAUGUUUCCAUUGGCUUACAAACAGAGUCGAGGCCCAGCCAAGGGCUUCCCAUCAUCCAGAGCCCACCCCCUUCCCCUGCUCACCGGGAUUCAGCCUAUAUUUCGGGCUCGCCUCUUGGGUCACAUCAAGUUUUUGACUUCAGAUCCAAUAGUUCUGUGGGUUCACCAACAAGACAAGGGUACCAGUCCACCUCUCCUGCUCUGUCUCCAACCCACCAGAACAAUCAUUACAGACCUAGUCCGCCACAUACUUCCCCUGCUCACCAAGGUUCCUCUUACCGCUUCAGUCCACCUCCAGUUGGAGGUCAAGGGAAAGAAUAUCAAAGUCCACCACCUUCACCCCUCCGUAGAGGUCCUCAGUAUCGAGCCAGCCCUCCUGCAGAAAGUAUAAGUGUCUAUAGGUCCCAGUCUGGCUCCCCAGUACGUUACCAGCAAGAACCUAGUGUUAGCCAACUCCCUGGUAGACCAAAGUCUCCGUUAUCCAAAAUGACACAGAGGUCCUUCCAGAUUCCCCAGAUUCCUGUUGUAGUCCCACAGCAAGGGCACAGGCUGCAGCCAGCCAAGGCACAGAUUGUAAGAAGCAACCACACGAGCUCUGCCGUGCAUUCUAGUACUGUGAUUCCAACUGGUGCUUACAGCCAAGUUGCCCAUUCUAUGGCCAGCAAAUACCAGUCUGCAUCAGGGGAAAUGGGAGUUGGUCAGAGUAGAUUGGUCUACCAAGGUUCAAUUAGUGGAAUAGUAGGUGAUGGUAGACCAGUGCAACAUGUUCAAGCCAGCCUUAGUGCAGGAGCUAUCUGCCAGCAUGGAGGGCUAACUAAAGAAGAUCUUCCACAGAGGCCUUCCUCAGCAUACAGGGGUGGAAUGAGAUACAGUCAGACUCCUCAGAUUGGGCGCAGUCAGUCUGCUUCCUAUUAUCCAGUCUGUCAUUCAAAGCUUGAUCUGGAACGUUCUUCCCUUCCUUCCAGCCAACUUGGUUCUCCUGAUGUGUCUCACCUAAUCAGAAGGCCCAUUACUAUCAACCCCAACGAAAUAAAGCCUCACCCACCAACUCCAAGACCGCUGCUUCAUUCCCAAAGUGUUGGCCUCAGAUUCUCCCCUUCUAGCAAUAGCAUUUCAUCCACCUCCAACCUGACUCCUACCUUCCGCCCUUCUGCUUCUAUUCAGCAAAUGGAGAUCCCUCUCAAGCCAGCCUAUGACAGAUCGUGUGAUGAACUUUCUCCAGUCUCUCCACCUCAAGGGAGUUACCCCAGCGAACCAGCCCGUUCCAGGACCACGCCGUUCAUGGGAAUUAUAGAUAAAACUGCUCGGACUCAGCAGUACCCUCAUCUCCACCAACAGACCCGGACCUGGGCUGUCUCUUCAGUGGAUACUGUUAUUAGUCCAACAUCUCCGGGAAACCUCCCCCAGCCAGAAUCAUUUAGCCCACCUUCUUCAAUCAGCAACAUUGCCUUUUAUAACAAAACAAACAAUGCACAGAAUGGCCAUUUGCUAGAGGAAGACUAUUACAGCCCCCAUGGGAUGCUAGCCAAUGGGUCCCGGGGAGACCUCCUGGAGAGAGUCAGCCAAGCCUCCUCAUAUCCAGAUGUUAAGGUGGCUAGGACACUGCCCGUUGCACAGGCCUACCAGGACAACCUGUACAGGCAACUCUCCAGGGACUCUAGACAAGGGCAGACUUCCCCUAUCAAACCAAAGAGACCGUUUGUGGAGUCUAAUGUGUAAAAGACACUUGUUGGAGUGAGACCCUUAUGUUUUCAGCACACGUUUCCUGGCUUGAUUCUCACCUAUAUUUUUAUCAUUACUAUUAUUUCUAUUUGGUAGCUACAUGAGCAAGUUUCUCCAGUAAUUUCUGUGUGGUGAUCAGACAGCCAUGCACGCGCUCAGAAUCCUUUGGUAUCCAGCUGACGGUGACGCCAACAGCAAACAAGCCAGUAUUGUUUGCCCAAUUCAGACUGAGUUCCCUCCCAGCUUUCAGCUGUCAAUCAGGAUAUGUUAGUACCCAUGGAGUGGGUUAACCCAGCUAGGUCCCCUAUGGGAGGUAACCAGCUGUUUGCAAGAGUUCAUGUUCGAAUCAAAUUGGUUUCUUUGGUUUUAAGGAGCUCUCAUGUAAAAUGCUUACGAAAAUUCCUAGUGGAAACUGGCUAAAAAUUGGCAACAUUUUCAAACUUUACAUUAUCGAGUAUUCCCCUAGACAACCGGAGCCUUCCUUUUCCCACUUGUCUCUUGCCCACAAAGAGCUCAUUAUCUGCACCAAAUGGGGCUUAAUUUGCUUUUAAUACCGACUAGCUAUGCAUAAUAACUGACCUGCUUGAGCUGGUUUUAUAGCGUUUUAAUCUGAAUUGGAUUGUUUGUUGUUUUUAAUAACGUGGCCUGUCGCAAUGAGUGGGGACCAUAAGAUGCUUUGCUACUUUGACAGCUGCGUUCCAAAUGCCACAGUUUGGAUUUACUCUGAGGCAUUUUAAAAAUAAUCAAACUCUGCCCCUUUUGUGAAUUUUAGUCGGCCAAAGGAGUUGGCUAGAAACCUCUUGUGCAUUUUGUAAGCAAGAUUAACCACAAUCUUUUCUUCACACCUCCAGCAGAUGAUUGCAUCUCACACACCCCACCACAUUUUCACCAGGACAGUUUAAUGGGUUUUCAUUUUGCUCGCAAGGAAAAUGUGAAUAGGAAAACCUUAAUGGCGGAAGACACCUUAUAUCUUUUUUUUAUCAUGCUGCAUAACGUGACAUGGAGGUUUCCAAGCCAGAAAGUGUCCAAGGAGUCACUUUAGUAAAGUCCUUCUCAACACACAGUCUUGCCUUGCCAUUUCCUUUGUGUUUGCACCUACUCUUUGGAAGCUGCGUGCGGUAGGGAGGGGCUGCACUCCUCCACGGGAUUAAUGAGUAAAAUGUGUGUUUCUUAGAACUGCAAGACUGGUUCCUGGAAUUUUGGAAGGCAGUUGCUGUGUUCCAUACCUGUAAAUGUUAGACACAAUGUUUGGCUCUUUAAGGACCUGUAGUUAAGAGAGACAUAUUUAUAAUUAAUUUAUGUGAUCGAUUUCAGAAAAAUGUUUUUGUUUUGGUCUGGGUUCUUUCUUUUUUCCCUUUUCAGUCAGAUGCUACUAGUGUUGAGUCAGUGUGAAAAGCAGGGGACAUUUCCGGAAACCGUUUUUACAGAACUUUCCAAGCAGUUUCUGAAGUUUUGUUUGCGUAGAGGGAGCUUUCUUUGCAUAGGUUUGAUUGAUUGUUGGUUACGUUUUUAAGCUGCCUUUUCAGUAACUGAGGCCAGACAGCCAGGUGGAUGGGAAGAGCAGUAAUAGUGUAGCUUGUUUUAAAGCAAACCAGUGCCUGUUGCCCAGUAUUGCAUCUCAUAGCAAUUCUUAAAAAGGGAAUUGGUCCUUAGACAGAGUUAACGCUGUUUGUUUCCAAAGGGCUACGUGAAUCUAGUCGUACAAGGAAACAUGCAUUGAACCAAAUUAAGGGCAGAUCCUCAGCUAGUGUAAAUUGGCGUCACUCCGUUGUGACCGCAACGCAGCUACCAUGUUUUAAACCAGUUGAGGCUCCAGCCCUAAAACUCUUAGCAAACCCUGGCUUUGAUUAGCUUUUCACUUGUGUGGAGCUGGAAAGUGAUCAGCACCGUUUGUUGUAAUUCCACUACUUAGACCAAACUGAGUGGCGCCACCCUUGGGACAGGUCAGGCGUGUGUCUCACUGACAGAUGGAAAGUACUCUUGAUUUUGCCUCUGUUUUCUUUGGGGAUUACGUUUCUUCCUUUUAUAUGUCUCCAAGACAGACUUUGUAUUGGAGGUUUGGUUUUUUUCCCCCAAGGGGCAAGAAGGUGUAGCUCAGAAUUUUCUCCCUUUGCUUUAUGACAGGGAUCUCUAAGCGGGUGAUAAAAGUGGGAGCCUUCCCAGUUACCUGUGCCUCCU